UCUUUGGUGCUCAAGCAUGGUGGUUUCAGUUCUGUUUCAGAGGUGAAGGGAAAGCGUGAGGUGGGAUUUUUCACUCUUUACUGGAAUGUCCUACUGGGGUUGCCCUGUUUAUGCUUUCUGAACUACCAUUCUCUUUCCUCCUACUAUUCCCUCCAUUCCCUCCUUUCUUCCCCACCCCACCAUGUCCUUCUUUUGCUCUCUGGUACCCAUCUUACCCAACUAUCUUUCAGGAAAAACAACAAAGUCCUCUUCUUUUCCUCUUCCCCUUCUCUGUUUCUCCCUCUCAUUAUCAAAAUAGUUGAGCUUCUUGUGUUCUGUUCUCUUCUCUGUGUUUUUAGCAUCAGGGCACAAAAAUGGGGACUACUGUUACUACUUUCUGUGUCAAUCUCUUUGUUAUCCUCUUCCUCCUCUCCACCGCCACUGCAACCACCGUUGCUGUUGGGCAACACCAUUAUCACCGCCGUCUCCUCCACCAGCCCUUUUUUCCUCAAACUUCCCUUCCUCCUGUAUAUCAGCCUUCCUUUCCUCCCUCUUCCACCCCUCAGUCCCACUCUCCCCAGCAACCUAAAUAUCCCUUUUCUUUAACUCCUCCUUCCACCACCCAAACUCCUUUCUUUCCCUCCUUAGCCUCUCCUCCGCCUCCCCGUCCUCCAUCUUCCCUCCCCACUUUUCCCGCCAACAUAUCCUCCCUUCUCCUCCCCCAUUCCCCUUCUCCUUCUUCCCACCGCCACCUCCUCAUCUCCCUCUCCGCAUCCCUUCUUGCUGCUGCUCUCCUCCUCUCUCUGAUAGCCCUCUUUGUCUUUCUCCGUAACCGCAAGCCCCGGGGGUCAGACAAGGCCUCACGGACGGACUCCCUUCGGUUGUUCCCCCCAAAUACUGCUCCCUCUGAUGCCUCCCAGAAACCACCCCCAUCACCUCAGCAACCGCCGCGCUACGUGUCAACGAGCCGCAGCUCGGAGUUCCUCUACUUGGGUACCUUGGCGAAUUCCCGAGCAGCGUUGGAGCCAGAAAAUGCAAUCCAAUCGAAGAAUGCGAGUAUCAAGAUCGGUGUAUCGCCUUCACCGUAUCAGAAACUUGGGUCUCCGGAGAUAAAACCACUGCCACCUUUGCCACGAGUACAGACGUAUCAAAGUGGAGAGCAGUUAACUCGGAGUGGGGAGGUGGGUGGCCAUAAUGACGAUCGCGGUGAAGAUGGGGAUGAGGAAUUCUUUUCACCUAGAGGUUCUUCAGGUCAGAAAGGGAGCCCGCCGGCGAGAAUUGAAUCUAGUUCGAGGAGAGAGCUUCAAGAUGGGAAUUUUGGGAGUCGAAGCUUCAAUUCGAGAACCGCAUCUUACCCUUAUUCCAACUCAUGCACCCCCGUAAAUUCAACAUCGGAUUCGAGCCCUCAAAGCCAGAAAUCAAAGUCACCUGAUUCUGUUGGCGUUGUCAAUUGUGCGGCGAGAACCAGAGCCGCAUUAUCGUCAUCGUCAUCAGCAUCAUCUAGAACAUUAUCAUCUCCUUCAGAGAGAGGUUCCCCUGUUGGAGUUGCAAGUUUUCUAGGGCGGCAACCCCCACCAACAAUUACACCUAUAAAGCUGCCACCACCACCGCCUCCGCCGCCUCCUCCGCCGCGUUUUUGGGAGAUUCCAGUUGACGAAAAGAUACUCAGGGACCCAAAUUCUGGGCCUCCGGUUCUUGUUGCACCUUCAGGGCCGGUGGUCUCGCAGAAUUUCGCAGCCAGUGAGGAAUUGAAGACCAAAGAGGGUUUGGAAAGAGGUGAGGAGAACCCAAAACCAAAAUUGAAGCCUUUGCAUUGGGAUAAAGUUAGAGCAAGCUCCGAUCGGGCUAUGGUGUGGGAUCAGAUUAAAACUAGCUCUUUUCAAUUGAAUGAGGAAAUGAUAGAGACACUCUUUAUGGUAAGUAACUCAAAUUUGGCAUUAAAAGAUAAGGGACUCUCACCUUCUAAUCAGGAAAAUCGAGUGCUUGAUCCCAAAAAGUCUCAGAACAUUUCAAUUCUAUUGAGGGCACUGAAUGUGACCAUUGAUGAAGUCUGUGAAGGACUUAUGGAAGGUAAUUCAGAUAUGCCGGGGACAGAGCUUCUGGAAAGUUUAUUAAAGAUGGCUCCAACCAAAGAGGAGGAGCGCAAACUGAAGGAAUUCAAGGAUGAAUCGCCAUUUAAGCUAGGUCCUGCUGAGAAAUUUCUCAAAGCAUUGCUUGACAUACCAUUUGCAUUUAAGAGGAUUGAUGCAAUGCUUUACAUAGCCAAUUUUGAUUCUGAAGUCGAGUACCUAAGACGGUCUUUUGAAACUCUGGAGGCUGCCUGUCAAGAGCUGAAGAAUAGCAGAAUGUUCCUGAAGCUUUUGGAAGCAGUGCUCAAAACUGGGAACCGGAUGAAUGUUGGCACCAACCGUGGCGAUGCCCAUGCUUUCAAGCUGGACACACUUCUUAAGCUUGUUGAUGUAAAGGGAACUGAUGGAAAAACCACACUUCUGCAUUUUGUUGUGCAGGAAAUGAUCAGAUCUGAAGGCUCUCAUGUUUCUGGUGCUGAUCAGAAUCUCAAAGUGGAGAAAAAUCAGCAAUCGGCUUUUCAGGAUGAUGUUGAAUUUAGGAAGCUUGGCCUUCAGGUUGUUUCAGGUCUGAGUGGGGAGCUUUCCCAUGUGAAGAAAGCAGCUGCUAUGGAUUCGGAUGUUCUCAGCAGUGAAGUUGCCAAACUUGCCUCUGGAAUCUCAAAAAUUACACAAGUUAUAAAAUUAAAUGAAGAUAUUCCACUUGAGGACAGUAGACACAGAUUCUCCGAGUCAAUGAAUGACUUCCUGAAGAAGGCAGAGGAAGAGAUUUCAAGAAUCCAAGGUCAAGAGACAGUUGCUCUCUCUAUGGUGAGGGAAAUAACAGAGUAUUUCCACGGCAAUUCAGCCAAGGAAGAAGCUCAUCGGUUUAGAAUUUUCAUGGUGGUAAGAGAUUUUCUUUCUAUUCUUGAUAAUGUUUGUAAGGAUGUCGGAAAGAUAAAUGAACGGACGAUAUUCAGUUCUGUCCGUCCGAUGCCAGUUAUUCCAACAAUGCCACUAGUUUUCCCUGGAUUGGGCGGGAGGCAUCAUGACGGCUCCUUGGAGGAAGAAAGCUCACCUGUUUCCUAGUAUCUGAUCCUUCAACUCUGUCUACCCUGGAUGCUUUCCAGAAACCGGCAGUACUCAAUGCAAACAUGCUCUGAAAGCAUAUACUGAAUAUAAUUUCUUCUACCCUUUGUUGUUUGGAUUUGUAGUUAUGUUACAGGGUUUUGAAAGCUAUUCUGCUGUGUAAUAUACAGGGAUGGAUAAUGGAUUUAUAUAUGGUGUUGAUAAGUGCGCGUAUAGUAAGAAAAGUUUGGAUCUAUGUUGCAAAUCUUAAGAAACCGAAUUUAGUGAU